UAGAGUCACGCAUGCUCGUCUGAAACAAGAAACGAUUAGUCUGCAAAAGGUGUCCGAUUUGACACGUGCCAAUACGUGUGAUUACCGUGAAAGAACAUUCCGCAACCUUCAAGCACACGACAGUUAUCGAUUGCAUUUCUGUCGAAUGAAAGAAGCUUCAGUGGGUCCAUCUGUGAGUCGACGGACGGCCGUCUGAUUUCCCGCGUUCCACAGUAAACAGUAAUAAUGCUAUCGAAAGCUCGAUACGACAGUAAGAAAUGUUCCAUUAGCAAAACUUAGCCGAGGUUGCCGGAGCUUACAGUAUUUCCUACUCCAAUCGUAAAAGUGAAAGGAAAAACAUGAACAUUACGCGAAAUUGUCUUAAAGCUGCGGGAAAAGUCAGCCACAUCCAGGGUAAUAUUUCAUCGAAUUAUUGUAUACCGGAUUGCAGUUACGUAGGGGCGAAGAGGAUCGACGAUUCGUCCGAUAUCGCGAAGACUGCUGACGGCGCUGCACAAUUGAAAAUCGAAAUCGUCGAGAAAUCGUGCGAGAAAGAGAGAAGUUAUGGUGUUGCGAAUAAAGCAACUGCUACCGGAAGUGAUCUGCAGAAAGCACCGGAACCGCAAGGUCUACCUUUGUUUGGAACGCUUUUCUCGUUUUUACUUGCUGGUGGCGCGAAAAGACAGCACGAAUACGUGGACAAAAGACAUAAGCAGCUGGGUCCGGUUUACAGAGAAAGACUGGGGCCAGUUACGGCAGUGUUUGUCAAUUCCCCGCAAGAGUAUCGUAGAAUCUUUCGGAUAGAGGGAGCGGCGCCGAAACACUUCCUACCGGAAGCUUGGUUGCUAUACAACGAUAUACGAAAAUGUCGGCGCGGACUACUCUUCAUGAACGGAGACGAGUGGAUGCAUUUUCGAAAAAUAUUGAAUAAGGUAAUGUUAGUGCCGGAUCCGACAAAUCUGAUGGCUGGUCCAUGUGAACAGGCAGCCAAAGAACUGACACGGAAAUGGCAGAAACAGAUGGAGACCGAUGCUGUGAUACCAGACUUACAGGUUCAACUGUAUCGGUGGUCCAUAGAGGGUAAAAAAAAUGUAAAAUCACGUGAAACGUCUGAAAAAAAACAACAAAAAACUAAUUUAAUUUUAACUUUUAUAGCAAUGGUUGCAACAUUGAUGGGCAUCCACUGGCACAAUUGCAAACACGAGCUGUCUCGAGAUUUCGUAAAAUUGGCGAGAACGUUGCACAAAGUAUUCGAAUACUCUGCUAAAUUAGCCAUAAUGCCAGCUAAAGUUGCCAUGAAUUUACGACUUCCAGUUUGGAUGAAGUUCGUUACAGCCGUAGACGCAACAUUCGAAAUGGUUCGUGUUUUGGUACCACGAAUGAUCGAAUUAGGUGGCGACGGCUUGCUAAAGAAAAUGUUGGACGAAGGGAUUCGAGAAGAAGAUGCAAUUUGCAUUGUGACCGAUUUUAUUUUAGCGGCUGGAGACACGACAGCGACCACUUUGCAAUGGAUUCUGUUGUUAAUGUCCAAUCACCCUUACAAACAAGAAGAACUGUACAACCAUUUGAAAAAACUUCCAGAGAAGAAAGUGCUACAGGAUGGGCAGUUGAGAGGCGUAAUUAAAGAAACUCUUCGAUUAUAUCCCACCGCGCCAUUCAUCUCGCGAUAUUUGCCGGAAGACAGUGUGAUUGGUAAUUAUUUCGUGCCAAAAGGGGAAUUGAUAGUGUUAUCAAUUUAUUCGAGCGGUCGUGAUAGCAGAAAUUUUUCACGACCGAACGAGUUUCUACCGGAAAGAUGGAUCAGAACGGAUGAAGGUACUUACCGCAGUUUAUUAAAUCCACACGCGAGUCUACCGUUUGCUUUGGGUGCGAGAAGCUGUAUCGGUCGAAAAAUGGCAGAAAUACAAAUACUGCUUGGUUUGUCGGAGCUUCUGAAAUCAUUCAAGAUAGAUUGCGUGAAUAAGGAUCAAGUGCAAAUGAUUUUGCAUUUAAUUUCCAUUCCGUCGGAACCGAUGCAAUUAAAAUUAACGCAAAGGAUAUGAAAAACGAGGCUGAGUCACGUAGAGUACGAUUGUACAAUGGUACAAUGGUAAGGAAGAACAUCUAUGUUCGUUCUAUUUUAGUCAAUUCUAAAUUCGACUCCUUUACACGUAUAUACAAUUAGCAUUUCAAUGUAUAUUCUUUAAAGAAAUUACACCUACAAACGUGUAAUAAUCAGUAAAUGUACAUCGAUACUGCCUCUUAAAAUAUAUUCACAGCAAGUACGAUAAUAGGGGCACGAUGAAUAAAGACUUUCAUAUUAUAAAAAUUUCA